AUGAUGCCGUCUCCACUCUCGCUAUCAAUAUCCUCCUUAUCAGAGUUUCCAGCAGGAGUUAUGGUUCCUGCAGGGUCUUCAAUCUCACUUCUAUAUGAUGGUUCCAUGGGAAGAUUCGUAGACUCACUUCCACUAACUUUUGUGUCCAAAUCUGCAAUCUUUAAUCGUGGACUAUAUCUAACAUUGCUCUGUGCUGAUCCAGAACCAGACUUGGGAAGGCUGUCUGGCUUCAAAGCAUCACAUGAAAUUUGUUUCUCCAUUUUACCAAAGACGACAGUCUGCCCAGAAUAUAGUUCAAGGAACCUACAUACAACAGAAUCAACAACAGCUGAUUACGACAAAUGUUUACGCAAGAUUGUUGAGGUUCACCUCUUGGGCUUUCCGACUCUGUUCAAUCUCCUGGAGGAGCUGGCCUUCCAGACUCGUUUCAUACCUCUUCCCUUCGCCGAACCCCCGGGGCCUUUUCUCCAGCCAACUCCUCAUCUUGUCAAAUGGCAAUAG